GAAUACUCGUAAUGAUUUUUUACAAAUUCUAUCUCAUUUUUAUUUUGAAUAUAUCUUUUGUAUAUUGUCGUAUUUACGAUAAAUGCACAUUGGCUAAAGAAUUACUAAACAAGUACCAGUUUCCAAAAGACCAAAUAUCUACAUGGAUUUGCAUUGUGGAGCACGAGUCUAAUUAUAAUACAGCAGCAGAAAAUACAGCAUCGCAUGACAAUGGACUUUUCCAGAUUUCUCAAAUAUACUGGUGUGACCAAGCCCCAAACAAGGGAUGCAAUAAACCCUGCUCUAGCUUCAGGGAUGACAAUAUUGACGACGAUGUAAGUUGCGUCAAGACUAUUUUCGGAGACUUCCAAAAAAGGGAAGGAAACGGCUUCAAGGCUUGGACCACCUAUGAUGCAUAUUGUAAUAAAGAUACCAACGAUUACAUCAGCAAUUGUGGAUUGUAA